CCGCGCAUCGGAAAGGUCGUGUGGCGCGCUCCCUCGCAAGUCCCCUCGCGGUGCCCCUGGUGCGUGCGCGCAUACGUUAAGCUGCCACGCGAGACCUAUCACGUUGUACAUCUCGUGAAGCGUUGUGUUUCUCGUACGUAUACAUUAACAGCAUAUGUAUGAAAACUUUAAAGUGCACGCGACGCGCAGCAUUUUCAAUUAUCGUAAUCGUCGCCUUUAAACUCGCGGUGAUCGCUUUUUAAUUGUGACGAAAUCGAAGUUGGAACAGAUUACAGAGCGCGUUGUUCAAUUAUAAAUUAUUAGAACGUAUCGAUGUGCGGAUUCAGAUGAUUGCGCAUCGCUUGUCACGCAAGAUCAUCAGUUUGUUUAGAGCAACGCUAUGAAACUAUCGUCGAAACUCGCAGCCAUCUUUCGAGAUCCUCCGCCUCCGCCUGCGUCACGUUCGAACGAAUGAAAAAUUCGAUAACGGGCGGAUUGUUUUCCAUCGGGAAGGACAACGAGGACGACGACGCGAAAAGGUUUACCUGAUCCCGUCGCGGGAUCGGAAGCGCGACGAUAUUCGCGAGAUUCGCACGUGUCUUGUUUCAAAAGGCAAUAUUUGCGCGAUCGAAUGUGCGUCGAUUGAUGCUGAAAAGAGUUUAAACGGAAUUGGAUCCUCCGAAGUGACGUCAAGACGCGCGUAAUUUUUCGCGUGAAAGACGAAGACGAUCUCCCCUCUUGUGUGCGCGCCGGGAAAAGAUAGAUCGUCUUCGACGUAAUCUGGCGUUGACGUGACCUAGCCUAACCCAAUCUAAUGUAACUUUUGCUCAGUGCUGAACUUCACCUGGUCUACCACCCCUCGUUCGUCCUCUGUCGCCCGUCGAGGUUACGCGCGUGUGAGUGUGUGUGUGCGCGAGCGCGCGCGCGCAAAGACAUUCUUCCAAACUGUGCUCGUCGGACGAGAUGUAACUUCGUGCGCUGUCAGCUGGCUUACUGACACCGACGUGAGCCUGUAACCGCCUUGCGACUAUCACGAUGCCAGGAACGUGCUUGAUGACCGAUGCGGUCAGGACAGCGGAUAGUUAGUGAUGAGGAGGAGCAAGUUAUCGGCGUGCCGACGGCCCAGGUCACCAGUAACAUGCCAGUCCUUGGUCCCAGCGCCGAUCCAACUUCACUUCGAGGACUUCUGAUCGCCGUCUUCGUCCUAUUGUCCCUGCCGCGUUGUCGCUGCACGGAUCUAGGACAAUGUACUACGGCUUUGGGUAUGGAGAACGGAGAAAUCCCCGAUGAAGACAUCUCAGCGAGUUCUAUAUACGAUCCUAGUCUCGGACCGAAACAUGCCAGGCUACGACAAGACAAGGGCGGUGGUGCAUGGUGCCCGAAAGACCUGGUGACGAAAGAGGGCAAGGAAUAUCUGGAGGUGAAUUUGCACACUCCGCGUUUAUUGACGUCUACCAGAACGCAAGGCAGAUUCGGCAAUGGUCACGGGGUCGAGUACACGGAGGAGUACUUUGUCGAGUAUUGGCGGCCGGGGUUCAACAAGUGGGUGCGAUGGAGGAAUCGACGUGGCAUAGAGCUUUUGGUGGGCAAUAACAACGUAUAUACGGAACAGGAACAGAUUUUCGACCCACCUAUAGUCGCAACAAAAAUCCGCUUUAUCCCUUAUACCUCUCAUGUGCGUAUGAUGUGUAUGCGCGUGGAGCUUUAUGGUUGUCCAUGGACAGAGGGUCUCGUCUCCUAUUCCAUGCCCCAAGGAAUCAAGAGGGGCGCCGAGGUUGACCUCUCCGACAGGACGUACGACGGCCGCGAGGAAGGAGGUUACCUCUCCGGGGGACUUGGUCAACUCGUCGACGGGCAAAAGGGUCCCGACAACUUCAGAUUGGACGUCAGCGGCAACGGAAAAGGAUAUGAAUGGGUCGGCUGGCGAAACGACACGGCCAAUAUGCUUGGACGUCCGGUGGAAAUAACUUUCGAGUUCGACUACUCGAGGAACUUCACUGCCAUACACCUACACAUGAACAAUUACUUCACCAAGGACGUGCAGGUUUUCUCGUACGCCAAGGUUUAUCUCGGCACAGGUGGCAACCAAUUUACUGGCGAACCGGUUCAUUUUUCUUACAUACCCGAUCAGGUGCUCGAACAGGCGCGCGAAGUCACCAUUAAGCUUCACUCGCGCGCUGGUCGCUUCCUAAAGCUGCAGCUCUACUUUGCGGCGCGGUGGAUCAUGCUCAGCGAAGUAAUCUUCGAAUCAGUUAUCUCCGAAUGGAACAAUACCGAGGACGAGGAGGCGAAGAACAAGAGUGCUAUUGUACUGGCGACCGGCAGCCCCUAUCAGAAUAACGAGGGUCCACUACAGAGGGACGAAGUGAAGGCUACUUUUAAUAAGGAGGAGAGUAAAGAUAACACCUUUUCAGAUAAGAGCAAGAAACCGGAAUCGAAGCAGUUUGUCGGAUUGGUGAUCGGUAUCCUGACGACCGUAAUCGUGAUGCUGCUCGCAGCUAUCAUGUUCAUCUUUUAUCGAAACCGUAGACUUAAGGCUGCUCUCGUGCCGUCGACUUUUUACGAUCAGCAGGGUGAUCUCAAGGUCUCCGUGCCGGAGGAGGGUGAGGACAAGGGACCAAUUUGCCCCCCACUUCCAGCGCAAUAUCAAGCAGCCGCCUACAGCACCACGACGCCGCAAUUGCACAAAACCGUCACGGAUUACACCGGGAUCGCCGAAGUGCAGCCGAUUAUUCCGCUCUUGCUUAACUCGACGAUCAAUCUUGCCAGGCCAAUUCCGGCGGUCCAAGAAUAUCCAUCUAACCCACCGCCCAUACCACCCCCGCCGGAAAAGUAUUACGCCAGUACGGAGAUCUGUAAGAGUCCUCUACCACCACUGCCACCCUCGCCCACGCCGAGCACGCCACCCCCGAUGAGCGCGAAAGCCUCUAGCAGUGUGACUAGUUAUAGUCCGGAAGAUAUGCUCACAGAAGAAGAAGACGAAAUACCCGAGUGUAUUCUCGAUUUUCCGCGAGAGAAACUCAACAUCGUUGAAAAUCUCGGCUGCGGAUACUUCGGCGAUGUUCAUCUCUGCGAAGUCGAUAGGUUUCCUGGAUAUGAUGAAGUCUUCAGGAAUACUUCCAGCGAUUUAGUUGUUGUUAAAUCUUUGAAACCAGGAUCUUCCGAUGCUCUCAGGAUAGAAUUUCAACAGGAAGCAAAGAGGCUAGUGCGACUCGCCGAUCGAAAUGUCGCGCGGCUACUUGGUGCCAGCCUCGAGGAUGAUCCCAUGUGUAUCGUAUUGGAAAACGGCGAGUACGGGGAUUUGAAUCAAUAUCUGCAGAGUCACAUCGCUGAAACAUCGAAUUUACACAUGGCCAAAACGCUCAGUUUCGGCACAUUGGUUUACAUGGCCACGCAAAUAGCAUCUGGCAUGAAGUAUCUUGAGGAAAUGGACUUCGUGCAUCGAGACCUCGCCACGAGGAAUUGUAUAGUAUGUCGCGGAUGUACCAUUAAGGUAUCCGAUUUAGGCAGCGGACGAAGCGCAUAUGCGGCGGAUUACUUCCGUGUCGAUGGACGUCCCCCAUUACCGAUUCGAUGGAUGGCAUGGGAAUCAAUGCUAAUGGGAAGGCACACAUGCAAGGGCGACGUCUGGGCGUUUGCCGUCACGCUAUGGGAAAUUCUGACGUUCGCGCGAGAACAACCUUUUGAGGAGUUUCCGGAUCAUCGAAUAGUGGAAAACGCGACGUAUUUUUAUCAGGAGGAUGAGCGAAGGAUGAUAUUACCCUUGCCAAAGAACUGCCCUAAAGAGAUUUACGACUUGAUGCGUGAAUGCUGGCAAAGAAACGACGUCGACCGACCAAACUUCCGUGAGAUCCAUCUGUUUCUACAACGAAAAAAUCUCGGAUACAAACCCGGUGAGUCGAACGAUACCUGAUAUAGAGAACUGGAAGGCUGGAAUCUUAUCCGGCUUUCUAUGAUCGGCGAGUUAAACGGCAAUUGGUGGAACUGCCCCUCAUCGACCAAGCUAGACCAAGUCAGACCAAGUUAGUAUCUAGGGUGACGGUCCAUAAAUUGUCUGUAACGGACGUGUAUCGGUUGUGAUUGCCCGUGAUCGUAUGCGUCCAUCGUGUCGAUGAUCUAGAUCAUCAAUUGUAAUAUUUAUACGCAAGGGAAAGACGUCGAAACUUAUGAACUGAUCGCGUCCAGAAUUUUUCACGAUUAUCACAGUCAUUAAAUUCUUUUCGGCCGUCAUUACGCAUCGCUAUCAAGCGUUGUGAAUUUAACUAACAAUGUGAAUCGCACAAAUCAUUAUUGCCGUAGCACCUGCGUGCAAUCUGCAAAGAGACGUUAUUUGUAUAAAAGUUAAAAAUGCAAAAGUUGCACUUUUUAAUGAUUCCUUUGCAACCGAAGCAGCAGAUCAUAGAAUAGAGCUAUAUAUUGCCGAUACAUGUAUUAUUUCGCGAAUGCGCAAAGCUUGACAAUCGUCAUAGGAUAUUAAUUUUUUACUUUUUUUUUUAAUCUGCUAAUUUUCAUAUGGUGCGGAAUAUAAUUUAUUCUACACGUUCGAUCUUUCGGCAAAUUUAUUUUCUCGAUUUUUUUCUCUUCUCGCACGAUUAUAUCGGCGGUUAUGCCGCUUGCGAAAGUUACGCGUCGUAACCCCUCGAUAAUGAUACCGAGUAUCUGCGGCGGCCGUAUCCACGCUUGUGCAAUCGGAAUGGAUAGAUUAUGAUUUUGAUCCGCGCCAUUCGAUACGAAAUGGAACGUUACUAGUGUCGGCAAUACGCGGGGAGCACGUUCGAUAAAUCGCACAUACGCUGUGCUCCGAAAUUGAUACUGUCAGCAAACAAGCUUAUGAUAUUCCCGCCGUAACGGCACUCGCGUCACGUUCGGGAUAUAUGUGGAUCGUACUCGAAAAUCGUGCGUUAUACGUAACAUUUCCGCCGACGAAUAACAUAGUCCAUUCUAAACUCCGACCCUCGAAAAAAAGUGGUUUCUUUAUCCGGGAUCGGAGUCUUUGCGAGUCUCACGUGGGAUUACGUUAUCCGUUUUCGAGCCUUUUGUAUGUCAGUUCCAUGGACAUGUUUACGAAGAAAAUUUGUUUGCCCAAAUAUACAUAAAUCUAUAU